AUGGCGGCGACACCGAAGUUCUACAAUGAGGAGGACGUCGCCGCACUCGUUCGCUCGCUCGACCGGGCCGAGGACCACCACAUCUUCGCCGUGGACGUACUGAAGACGUACCCGUACUUGGCAGAGUCCUACACAAAGGUCUGUCCGCGACGCUGCGAUCUCGCAACCGCCGCGCAGAAGGCGCUGGAGGGGGCCUACAGUCACGAUGUGCGGCUGGAGGGGCUCAAGGCCGACAUCGCCCUCAUGGCGUCAAACUGCGUUGCGUACAACGGCCCCACGAGCGAGUAUGCUGAGACAGCAGCGAAGUUCGAGCGCUACGCACUCGGGCAGAUUGAUCACUUUAUCGUGGAGCACAACGGCGGACGCCGCGUGUCGCGGCUGCGCUUGCCAAGUGCGAGCUCGUCACAAGCGCACGCGUCGCCAGAGGACACCGUGCCCCAGAAGAGAAGCACUGGCAUGUCAGCGGCGUCCACGACCCCAGCGCCAGCGGUCCCCAGUACGCGGGAAAUGGUUCAGCUUGUGGGUCUACUCAAUCGACGCGAAGACGGCGGCGCCUUCUCCGUGGACGUGGCGGAGGCGUACCCAGACCUGCGUGAAAGCUACCGAAAGACUUGCCCACACCCCAUGAACCUCAGCCUCAUGCACCAGCGCGCAAAGGAGGGGUACUACACGACCGGCUCCGCCACCGUCUACGGCGACACGGUUGCCGCGUCGUUCACGAGGCUUCGCGAGGACAUUGAGCUGCUCGUACGCAACUGCAUCACCUUUAAUGCGAAGGUCGAGUCGUGGGUGACGCUCGCACGCUCUUUCCAGGUCUUUGCGCAUCGCCGCGUGGACGACUUUGUCCUCCGUCAUGCUCCCUCUCUGCGCGGUACGACGAUGGGUGCGGAGGUGUGCAAGAGUGAAGGCACCGUGUCGACGUCCGCUCCAUCGCCAGAGGCAAGCGGCGUUGCAGGCGGUAAUGACGUGAGUCGUGUCAGACAGACGAACCCGGCAGCCGCAGCUGACACGGUCACAACGACCAGUGGCAGCAUCGGGGGCAACGUGGCGGCUGCUGGUUCGCGCAAACGCGAGCACGCGGAUGAGCGUGUCAUCGCCUCUGAUGGACAACCUCGCCCCCCGAUCCCAGUACCUCGGGUGCAGGUGGUGGCAGAGGCAACGCCCCAUGUCUGCCCCACCCCUCUCCAGCCGAGCUUGGCGAUCCCACCGCUGCUACGUCGCAGGCUAACUCUGGACCACGUGCGCCACACACGGCUGCCGCUGCGACGAGUCGGAGUGUCUGUGUCACGCGACGAGCUGUACCCGCCUGCGAUCUCACUCACCGACGUCGAGGCCUCCCACAAUCCUUCAGGCGCUGCUGGUGGCGCAGAGGCAGCGACAGCAUCGGCAUCGAUGGUGAAUAUCGACGCUUCCUGCAGCGCAGGCCACGUGCUACAGCUUCUGCGCGAGUCUGUAGUCAAAUUCUUUGCAGCGCAGCGCAGUGGCACCGACUUCAUCGACGCGUUUGCCUACUCCGUGCGAGAGGAGCAACUGUAUCUCUCCGUGCUCGCAGUGGUGGCGGAGAAGUACCAGAGCACUGCAGCGCACCUUCUACUGUACGAAACUGAGUCUGCCGAACUUCAGGAGUGGAUUGCACUGCGUGCCUUGGACUGCUGCCGCGAUCCAAACUGGACGAGCCCUUCGAUAGUCGGCCCCGGUGGCUCCAUUGCGGAUGACCUUCAUUACCUAUACUUCGUGCGUUUUCUCGUUCAGUGGCCGCAGCUCGCCUCGCUUUGUUGUACCACGGUAGCCCCUUCGUCGGCCCCGGUCGGCGCGGCAGCUCGGCGCGGCACGUCUGGGGCUGCGCCGGGAUCGCUUCGCAUCUCGCGCGAUCAGCUCAAAGUGGUAGCGCAAGUGACGCACAUCACGCAGGAGUUCCUCCAGUUUGUCGAGGCCAUGGAGGAGCGGCAGCGGCAGCGACAGUAA